AUGUCGACCACCGAGGCGCUCCUCCCCGCCUCCGCCAGCGGCGGUGGCGGCGGCGAGCGCUUGAGCAUCGACGACGCGCUGGCGUUGCACGCGGGGGAGUUCGGGAGGUGGCAGCUGUGGCACUUCCUGCUGGUGACGGCGGCGUGGACGCUGGAGGCGAUGCACACCAUGGUGAUGAUCUUCGCCGACCGCGAGCCGGCCAUGUGGUGCCCCGCGGGGGACGGGCGGUGCGGCGACCGCUGCGCCGGCGCCGCGGCCGGGUGGGAGUGGGAGCAGGGGAGCGGCUCGUCGACCGUGGCCGAGUGGGGCCUCGUCUGCGGCGAGCGCUACAAGGUCGGCCUCGUCCAGGCCUUGUUCUUCGCCGGCUGCAUGAUCGGCGCUGGCGUUUUUGGGCAUCUGUCAGACUCUUUUAUGGGUCGGAAGGGGACACUACACGUGGUGUGCUUUCUCAAUGCCAUCUUCGGCCUCCUCACCGCGCUCUCCCCCAAUUAUUGGGUCUACAUGGCCUUGCGCCUUCUCACAGGAUUUAGCGCCGGAAGCGUUUGCCUUUGUGCCUUCGUCCUCGCCACGGAGCCGAUAGGCCCAACCUAUCGUGGGGUCACCGGCAUGUCCACUUGCUACUUCUUCUCCGGAGGCAUCGCAGCCCUUGCCGGCAUAGCCGCGAUGUGCCAGUCAUCCUGGCGCUUGCUCUACGUCGUCACUUCCAUGCCAUCCCUUGUCUUCGCGCUCGUCGUCAUGCCGUUCGUAUCCGAGUCCCCGCGUUGGUACCUUGUGCGGCGGCGCACCGACGACGCGAUGCGGAUUCUACGAAACAUUGCAUCCACUAAUGGCCGAAGCAUCCCAGAUGGUGUCACCCUCAAGCUCGAUGAUGAAGAUGACCUCAACAAGAAGGUUGAGGAGUCGUCGUCGACGAUCUUGGAUGUGUUUCGAUCGCGGGCAACGCGGGGCAGGCUCGUGCUCUCGGUGAUCAUCAGCUUCCUUUGCUCCGCAGUGUACUUUGGGCUGAGCCUCAAUGUGGUCAACCUAAAGCUUAACCUUUACAUCAGCGUGGUUGCUAACUGUCUCGCUGAGAUGCCCGGGUUCCUGCUUACUACGGUGCUCCUCCAACGUUUUGGCCGGAAACCACUCGCUAUUGGCUCGAUGAUUCUCAGCGGCAUUUUCUGCACAUCUGCCAGUCUUAUUGCCGGUGUCGGUGCCUUGAGGGUGGUGAGGAUGGCAUGCGGGAUGGUAGGAAUCUUUGGAAUGGCAGCGACAUACAGCCUGUUGGUCGUAUACACUGCAGAGUUGUUCCCAACAGCUGUACGUACCGCGGCGAUGGGAUGUACAGCACAGGCAUCGCAGAUGGGCGCCAUACUGGCGCCCUUGGUGGUGGUGCUUGGGGAGCAAGUGCCAUUCGCGGUGUUCGGCGUGUUUGGCAUCAUUGGUGGGCUGCUUGUGAUCUGCCUCCCAGAGACUAUGAACAAGCCCUUGUACGACACCAUGUUCGGGCUGGAGAAAGGGGAGAGGGCACCUACAAGUGAAGAAGAAGUUAUAUCGGGGAACUCCGAAAUUUGA